AUGGAUAGGAGGAGUAAGGGUCGCCAAAAAAUCGAAAUGGCGAAGAUAGAGAAUGAGAGUAAGCUCCAAGUGACCUUCUCCAAACGCCGGUCCGGUCUCUUCAAGAAGGCCAGUGAGCUUUCUACUCUCUGUGGCGCUGAAGUGGCCACAAUAGUCUUCUCCCCAGGGGAGAAGGUCUACUCUUUCGGAAACCCUAGCGUCGAAUCUGUGGUGGACAGGUACCUUUCUCGGCACCCUCCACCAACAGGCGACGUCAUGAAUCAAAUUGUUGAGGCUCAGCGCGGUGUCAACGCCCGUGAGCUCAACACGAACCUUACCAAUGCUGAAAAUAGACUCGAAUCCGAGAAGCAGCAUGGUGAGGCUGUCAACCAGCUUGUGAAACAAGAUGUUCACAGCCAGUGGUUGGGGACUGAUCCACCCAUUCAUCUUAACUUGCAACAGCUUGAGAUCUUGGAGGGGUCAAUGCAGAACGCUCGGGGGACUGUAAAUUGGAUGGCUGAACAGCAAAUGAAUAGGGCGCUGAACCCUCCGGUGCCUGCAACGCCACUUGCAGCCAUACAUCCGGUGCCUGCAUCGCCAUUUGCAGCCAUGCCAGGUUCUUUUGGCGGAAGUGUUGCACCGUUUGAUGGCGAGGCGUCGGGGUCCGGCGGUGCUAUGGUGCCCUAUGGAUUCAACUAUGGCUCUGGUUCAGGGUUCUAUUGA